AUGGCUACGACCUCAUCCAAAAGUGCCAGGCAGCAAAUGAAGCGUCUGCACUUCACCAGGAAGCAAAAGCAGCUCGAGACCGUGUUCGGACACGCGAGGACGAUCAUCUCCAGAGGCAGGUUGAUGAGCUCCAAGAGAAGAUCGAAGGUCGCCGCCCCCUUGAAGUCUAGAAGCCUGGAUGAUAAUACCAAGAAAGAGGCACGGACUUCUCUGGGAAAGUCAAGAGGCAUUGGCCACAAUGAGAAGCUCGAUCUUAGAGCGGACCCUCACGAAGGAAGUCGACUUUUGGCCUUGCCACCGGAGCUGAGAAACCAUAUCUACAAGGAGGUCUUCGCAGGCGACGAGACAUACUGCACCUGCCUCAACUGGCAUCGGCACCACCACUUUUGCGCCGUCAAGCGACGGCUCCAUGUUCCAGCUCUUCUGCAGACCUGCCAGCAGCUGAGAGCAGAGGCGUCUGACAUGUGGUACAGCCAGCUUCAGAUCCACUUCCAAAGUGCCAAUCGACUGACAUGGCUGCUUCGGCUGAUGUCUUCACAGCAAAGAUCGCUGGUUCGGAUGUUGGUGUGGGACCUGACGCCUUCGACUUCGUGGCUGACGGCUGAGACGUAUCUUGACAAGUUGUACGCCGAUCUCGAAGAGGAUAAGGUCACAGUUGCGAGGGAUGUGUUGCAUGCGAGAAUCACUGUUCGUACUGCAAGGAGAUGGCAUGGGCGGGCCAUCGUCACAAGUGAUCCGCGAAGUGAUGCCCAGGCUUUGAUGAAGGCUGACAUAUCGCUGAUACUCGGCGCCAUCGACCCCUGGGACCUGGUGCGGUUCUUGGAGAUGCUCAGCGACGGAAACACAAUCAAAUCGUAUGUGCGCUUCACGCUCCCCCACGCAUCGUUACUGACCAAGCUCUCAAAGCGCUACGCCGACAUCAAAAUGGCACCACCCUUCAAUAUCAUCUGGGGCGCGGCGUGUUCCGGAGUCGUCGUCGUCUUCGUCGCCAUCGUCUUCGUGGCCGUCGCCUGGCACAACGAGAGAAAAUCACGACGAGCUACACGCGCGGCACAACUCGCACAGACCGAAGAAGGAGAUAUCACCAUGAACAGGGGAGGAGGCGCCAGCAUGGGGUGGACUGUGUCUGUGGGUGUACAAAGUACAGCUCACAGCAGAAGGUGUGUUGGUUUCGAGCUUCCAUUUCGUCAACAGGAACGGGGAGUGGUGGGAGGUGGAGUCUUGUUAACCGGCGUACGACGCAUACAGGAUUGUUAUGAAGUCUUGAAAGGAAUCGACCUAGGUACAGCAGAGUGUAUGUGCCUUUGA